AACCAAAAACAAAAAAUGUAUUCAAACAAUGUAGGUUUCAUAGAACAAUUUGAUAAAUGCCAUAAACUGAUUUUUUUCCAAAAGGAAAUGACAGACUCUGACACAAAAAUAUGCAUGUCAUAUCACUGACCGUUACACACUGCUUGUCUGAAUCAUUUUAGUUGAACUGUCCUCUUUUUGUCCUAUUAACUCAUAAAUGAAAAAGAAUGCAGUGAUAAAAUCUUACUGCAGCCUUUCAGGUUCGGAGAAUAACUUGAUCUAUGUAUCUCCCAGUAUCAUCAGAGGUGUGGAAGUUUUAAAGCACACUUUGUAAGUUUCUAACAUCCUCUGGAAAUGUACCCUUUACCACAAAACUGUACCCCCCCCCCCCCCCCCCCCAGUGUUGAAUGGAGCUCUGAAAUACCUUCUUUGCCCCCAGCCUCUAAAGAAAUCCCUCCUCUCCCUGUCUUUUGAUGCCUGCCCCCACCUCUAAAGACAUGCCUUUGUGCCUUAUGCAGAACUGUAUGCGCUGCACAUUCUUUCUAGUUCUAUAGGAGGAUUUUUGUAACCCGGUCCUGAUGAGCCCACGGAAUUCAGCUUAAAUAAACCUCAAGAUCAGAGUCCAACCGAAUCUCAGACACACCAGCCUGCAGAAGGCCACUGAACUCUCCCCUUCACACACAACCACUCACACAGACUGACACACAAUUUCACUUGCAUGCAAAUCCUGCCCUCAUCUCUGUCUUAGUCCCCAUUCUGCUUCUGUCUUCUGAAAAAUUGUUUGCUUCAACUUGUCUCUUUUUUUUCUUUUUUUUUGCAGAAAUAGUAGCUAAUUGUACUUAAGUGCUCCUAGGUGCUAAUAAUGGCUUAUUAUGGCCCUGCUAUAGACUUCAGCACUGACAGUUAUGAUUUCAGUGUCAUUCUGUUCAUUUUCAUUUAGUAAUAUUUAUAGUGGAUGACUAAUCAAAUUCAUAUGAGUCGCAUUUCUCAUCAACCGUUGGCCAAGUUUCUGAGAAACCUGAGUAAAAUGGUUAACAAAUGCUGGUUAAUAUGCAAAUAGUUUGUCAUUUUGUUUUUGCAUAUUAGGGUAACAGACAUCUGUAGGCAGAUUUGGAUAAAAAUGCAUCUGAAGUUUUUUCUAAAAGUCUAAUAAUCAGGUUUUAUGUCUAACCAGUGACUGUAUUUACUUAAACAUAAAACUGACAAUGUGAUCCCUUCAAAUGGAGACCUUUGCCUCAUGUUUGUAACCUAAAGCUUUAUAUUCUGGUCUCAUGCCAGCUCGCUCACCUGACAUGACUCCAUGAGCGCCCCAGCAUAAGGCGUUCCAGGAAUGCAUGCAUUCACUCACUGCAGUUCAAACUUUUCCAUCGCUAUUUAUCAGUUAGUGAAAAUGCAGAGUUAUCUACUGAAAAGAAAGAAAGAAAAAAUGUAUGGCAAAACUCACUCAAGGCAAAUAGAUAUGGAACUAAAACUAUAAUAGGCAGGUUAUUAAAAAAUCCCAUGCAAUCUUAUAUGUGGGGUUUUCAUUUUAUUUAAAAUAUUUGUGAAAAUGUCAUCUUACAGAGUUUGGAGAUAACAUAAUCAAAGACAUAUAUACUCUUUUUGCGUUCUGUAAUAAAAAGUAACCGUACAUCUGGCUUUUCCACACAUGGGACAGCGCUUUUAUAAUGCACACUUAUGUUUACAGCAAAAGAAUAAAUUAAUGAGCCAAUCUGAGAUAGUUUUUUUUCUGCAAAUGGUAAUCAGACAUCUACCAUGUCCUGAAAACCCCCAUUAGACAUAUGAGUCCUUUGUUCUGACUGGCAGGAUUGUAUCUGUAACACUGCAGGUAAGAGUGAAACUUCUGCUCUAAACACACCACCAUCAUUUCUACUCUCUCUUUUUUGGCUCCUUUCUGUCCUGUAGGGAACUUCCCAGGCCCCGGACCCUGCUUUGGGAACCCCGGAACCAGACUCUACCCUCAUGCCUGAUGCCCUAGUGUCUGUGUGUCUCUCUCCCUGCCUUUUGUGGGUGGUCCGGUUAGCUUUUCGGGGCGGGGUCCUCUCCGUUUCAACCCUCCUACCCUCGUUCUUUCUUGAAACAUGCUUUAAUAGAGAAAGUAUGCAAUGCAUACUGCUCAGCUACAACCCCCAAUUAUACUGCAACUGGGGUAUUCGUGACUGGACGUCUGGGGGAUCACACACAUUUCCGAUUAGAGAAGGAGGAGGAGAGAGAGAGGAGGGGGGAGAGAGAGAGUGAGGGAGGGAGAGAGAGAGAGUUUACCCUUUCAUUCCAGCCAAUGAGACGGUCGAUACACUAACAUUUUCAUAGUUGUGCACGAGCACAAAGUGAACUGACGGUGUGAACUUCCAGGUAAAACUGCAACCCGACUCAAGGUGAGUUCAGCUCGCUCCUCUCUGUUUUAUGUUGCAUUUGAGGCCGCCUGCAUGAACAGGAUCAGUCAGGCUGAACAUGGAGCCUAUAGCCUGAAUGCAUAUGUGUCCGUUGAGGCCGCUCCUCCAGGCUUUGAUGCCCACACUCUUUGAAGCAGGUGGACAGACGCAGGCAUGAGUGACAGUGGGACCAAAGAGCCGUCUCCCCAGCCAAGCGCUGCCCUGUCACCUCCUGAGCCUCAGCGCAGGGGCCGGGGCCGGCCACGCAAACAACAGCAGGAGCCUGUUGGACCACCGACUCCAAAGCGACCAAGAGGACGGCCGAAGGGCAGCAGGAACAAAGGCCCCAGAACUGCACUGAAGAAAGUAGAGCCUGUUGGAGAGAGACGACCACGUGGGCGACCAAGGAAAUGGCCACAGAAAGUAGUUCACGAAGUGACUGAAGAGCAGCAGGGUCCUUCAGAAGAAGCUGAGGAGGGCCCUUCACAGCUUGAGCCCUCAUCAUCUCAGGUUGCAGCACAGGAGGAAGGGGAGUAGAUAGGAAGCCUCUCUCUACCUACCUCAAGGUUCAGCCUCAAACAAACAGGGGUUCAACACGACCCCUUUCUGUGAUGGGGAUUCAGGAACACAUGCACACACAUCAACAAAUACAAAUCAAUGCAGACGGUUUAUUCUCCCAAUCCAGUCCUGUUCUCUGGUUUUGUUGUUUCACUACAGCAGUUUAGUUUUAAAAUUGGAAGAAUUAGAUCCUUAAAAAUGACUUAAAUACAUCACAGCUUGAGAAAUGAGCUUUUAAACACUCCUGCCAAAAGUGUAAAGGGAAUAUUAAAAACAAUCUUAUAAGGGUCAUCACAAUAACAGAAUUUUAAACUUAGAUAUACUAGUAAAAACCAAUAUCAAUACCUUUUUGAUACCACAGUGACAAAACUAUGUCUCGUGCACCCAGGAUUGAGUAAUUUCUUUUUUAAACACCAAACAUAAUCACACAAAGUUGUUGCCAAUGUUUUUGUGCCAGUCAAACAGAACUACUGCAAUCAGUUGUGUCUAGUUUAAAAUUUGACUAAAGAUCUAAAGUAUUUUUUCAAGCUUUGCAACUUUUCAUUACUAUUAAUCAUUAAAGUAAUGGAGAUUGUGAACAUUGUUUUAAAAAGUAUCAAUGUCAACCUAUGUUUAUUGUAGCCUGCAGCUUAUUAGCUUAGCAAAGCUUAAAGACUGGAAACAGGAAAAAGGCUUAAAUGGCUCCAUUCAAAAGUAUAAAAAUAUCCACCUUCAAGAAUAUCUAAAGAUCACAAGUUACAUGUUUUGUUUUCAAAAACCAAAGGUCAGAACUACUCCAUACUUUCUACACUUAUUAUAUGCCUUUAGGUUUAACAGGGCUGUAAGGUGGGAUUAGCUGUAUAGUAUUUAUGCUAAGUGUGACAAAACUAAGCUAACCAUUUUUCCUUGAAUCAGCUGUCUAAUCUUGCGCCCUGAUGAGAUGGUGCUUUUUGUUGUCAAACCUCACUGCCUUUUCUGUUCAAGAUGAACAAGUGCAGCUAAGUGGUGUUUUUAAUCAAGUUUUAGCUAAAUGAGAAUUUCUGUGCUGUAAACACAUACAAGGUAUAGCUGAUAAAUAAUGAGACUGUGGUUAUGUGAAUAAAACCAUGUGGUUCACAGUCACACAGUGUUAUGUAUUAAAGGUUGUGUUUUCACAUAUAGCUGCUGUAAGUUUCCAAUAAUUGACGUUGUUAGUUCGCUGCUACUGAUUGAAGUGUUCGUGUUUUUGCUGAGGCAUCAUGAUCAGCUUAAAAGUUGAGCCAGGCAUUAAUUUAGAAUUUUUGGUGAAAUUGAACAAAACAGCAGCAGAAUCUUGUGGUACAUUAUGAGGAAGACGAGUAUGAGGAAGAUUGCAUGCCACAUGCAAGUGUGUUUGAAUGAAACAAAAGAUUUAGUGAAGGCAGAGAGGAUGUCCAAGACAAUGAGCGUUUUGGGCGCCCAUGUGCAGCAAAAACUUCUGAAAACAUGCAACAAAUUGAACAAAUCGUUCAGAAUAGUCGACGACUCAGUGUAAGAAUGAAAGCAGAAAAAUUCUCCACUGAUGAAGAAACAGUUUGGCAAAUUUUGGAUGAAAAUUUGAACAUAAUAAAAAUGUGAGCCAUAGUUCUCCCAAAA